ACGGAUAGGAGCUCGAUGCGAGUAUACCAGACAAGAUGCUUCAUCAUUCGAUCCCGCAUCACUGCAAAUUCUCGAACAAUUAUCCCGAGUCGAGGAUCCAACACCGAUAGACUGCUCCAAUGGCCUAUAUUCGACAAAGUUCUGUCCUCUCUGCCGCGCUUCAAGUUCUUUGACUCGGACAGUCAAGAAGUCUCUACGUAUCUUGACGAUGCCAUACGUCAGACUGAUGCCCCAGGUGCCCACUUGUCUUUGACCUCCGGUUCUGGUUCGGUCAAUAUUUCCACAGACAAGUCAGACAUACAACAACUCGUUGACUCUUUCUUCCAAAGAGUCAACAUCAAGAACCCCAUACUCAGCCGCCAGGAAGUUGAAGAAUACUGCCACCAGUAUUAUGAAAAUGGACCCCAGUUCAAUCUCGAGACUGGAUUGGUGUUGUUGAUAUGUGCACUGGGGGCCGUAGCGGACGAGUUCAAUCCACUCGAUAUGGGCCAAAGCCCGGUAAGCUCCUUUCAAACACCAUCUCGGCUGGAACGUCUAAAGCUGGGACAUUGCUACUUCACUGCUUCUGAGAAGAGACUGGGUGCUGCCAUUUCAAGGGUUGAUACACUUUCCAUUCAGUGUUUGUGUCUUGCUGGCAUCUAUCAUAUGUAUCUGAUCAGACCUGUGCAGGCUUUGCGCUUGUUCCAUGCAGCAGGGUCAUCGCUCCAGAUCCUCCUUUCUACCAACAGCCAGUAUUCGGUGGGAGGCACUUCCCAACUCAUCUCCAGCCUAUUUUGGACAUGUUCAAAAUCAGAAAGUGAAAUACUUGCAGAAAUGCCCCUCGGGAUUCCCGCUCUAAGAGACCCUCCAUCUCAAGAUUCUUACCCUCCACCACAACAAAUAACAAGGGAUAAGUCCAACAAGUGGGCUUCGUCUGAAGAAGAUAGUUGGUUCUUCUUGUUGUCUGAGAUAGCUCUUCGGCGCAUUACAGAUCAGGUUGCCGAGAUAGUCACCAAGUACAUCGAUUCCAAGAUCCGCUAUCAGCAAGGCCAAAGGAUUGAAGAUCUCGUGCCCAUCGUCGCUGAAUUCGAGAGUCAAGUUGAGACCUUUCGACAACUCCUUCCCGAAGCAAUCAGAUUCCACGACGUACCAGAACCAGCAAGCACUGAAUGGCAGCAAUAUAGCCGCGGACGCUAUUACCGAGUUCUCGAACUGAUGCACAGACCUUUCGUCUUCACUGCUAUUCAUGAACCUUCUUGCAGUCCCGCUGUGCAAGCUCUGGCAAAGAAAGGUCUAGAAAACGGCUUGAAAUACCUCCAACACAGCCAAGCGAGCCACCGCCACCACGGUCUAUGGCUGCAGCUUCGGAAUCAGCUUCGGAUCGCCAGUUUGCUGCUUGCAGCCUCAACAAUACCACAUCUUACCAUGCCUGAUGGUUGGUACGGUGGGAUCUCAAAGACACUAGCAACUUUGGAUUACUGGUCCUGGGAGUUUCCAUCUUGUAAAUCUUAUACAGAUGUGAUUCUAGCCUUAUCCGCACCAUCUUCGGGAACCAUGGAAGAAAGAACUCCCAUGAGUUACUGAUAAAUUAAAUUAAACAUGUUAGUUCAAUCUUGGUGUCGCAAUGGCCUACAACAGCAUUAAAUGAAUACAAUUUG